AAUAUUAAUAUUUUACGUUAUUGUACAAAGAGAUAUUUUUAAAAUUACUCUUUCAAAUAGACCAAGCUUUACAGACAGUUCUAUCAUCCAGCUUUUCGCCAGUUCGCCAGCUGUUAACAUGACAGUUUGAAAGCAACACAAAGCUAACCACGAAUUCAAAUUUUUGAUGGCUUACAAAAAUGUCAGAAUUCUUUGCUGAAAAGUGAAAAUAUCGAAUCAUUACGAUGGUUAUUUAAAAAAGUGAAAAUAUCGAAUCAUUACGAUGGAUUAUUUAAAACAUCCAGUAUUUACGAUAGGAAAUGUCAAUGAAGAUAUUAAUCUUUCAUUACCACCUACUUCUGGAGAGGAAUACAUUAAACGAGUGGUAAUAGAAGCUCGACAAUGUGCAGACAUAGUAGUGGCUGAUAUAAAUCCAUCGUGUAUAAAAUCGAGAGGCUGCAUUAAAACUUUAGCAGGAUGUGUUCAAGCACCGCCAAGCCUCAGUCCAACUGUGGAGUGGCAACAAUAUCAGGUCUCCGACUUCUCUAAUAUAAGACUUUAUAUAAGUCAAUUAAAAGACGAGAUACAAGUGGGUAAACGUAAAUGGAGACCACCUGAUAUUCAUCUGCCAAACAUAAAAGACGAUCAAGAUACUUGGAUCAGCUUCUGUCUAAAUAGCAAAGAGAAAAUUGAACCCACAUUGAAUACUCUGUUUUGUUUCAAUCAAUCAAUAAUAGAGCAAGUACUUGAAUAUCUCGUACAAUUUGUGGAAACUGAAAGGAAGAUCGAAUAUAAAAUAGGCCAAUGGAUCUACUCUUUACUCGCAAUCUUGGAGCAACCAUUGCAGCCUGAUACCUGUUCGUGUCUGCGUUCGUUGGCACGAGCAUGUUCCGUCAUCCGCGCAGAUUCUCGAGAGUUGGACGCGCAGGAGCUGGGGGCGGUGAAUUUAUUCAUCUGUUUGGUGGCGAGAUACUUCCGUCAAUUGGAUCUGGCAGAUCCUUGAGAAUUUCCCAAUACAAUAAUUAACUAAUUAUGAUAUAAUGCGACACAUGUAUACAUAUAGCGAUUUUAAUAAACUGACAUUACGUUUAAAUUUUAACUUUAAACGUAAAGUGGUAUGCUCCAAA